AUGUUUGCAUGUUAACGUUACUGUUUAUGUUGCGUUAGAUUUUGAUUGUGACAAUUAAAUUAUAUUGUUUUCGAUUUACUGUUUAAGUUUCUUGCAUUUUUUGAUAAAAUUGUUAACCCACUGACUAUGAUUAUGUUACGAAGAAUUAACUUAAUUGAAUCAUUGAGUAGAUCUACUGGAAGAUUAUGUAAUAAUAUCGUUGAAAAUCAAGGUCUUUCCGUUAAACAAUUGACUAAUUACAGUUCUUCAUCUUCAUCGCCAACGGCCAUUUUUAUGCUCAACAUGGGAGGACCUAAGAAUUCAGAGGAAGUCGAACCGUUUUUGACCAAAUUGUUUCUUGAUCGUGAUAUUAUGACUCUUCCAAUGCAAGAUAAAUUAGGUCCAUGGAUCGCCAAGAGACGAGCACCCAAAGUUGCUGAAAAAUAUAAUCAAAUCGGCGGUGGAUCGCCAAUCAGAGACUGGACUGAUAAACAGGGAUCUUUAAUGACCAAAAUUUUAGAUGAAAUAAGUCCAGAAACGGGUCCUCAUAAACAUUAUAUCGGAUUCCGCUAUGCUAACCCUUUAACUGAGGACACGAUCACUCAAAUGGAAAGUGAUGGUGUUAAACGAGUCAUCGCUUUCUCUCAAUAUGCUCAGUACAGUUGUAGCACAUCAGGAAGUAGUUUAAAUGCAAUCGCUAAAUAUUACGAUGGUAAAAAACCAUCGGUCAAGUGGAGUUUCAUUGAUCGAUGGCCAUUAAAUUCUGGCCUAAUCGAAGCUUUUAGAGAUUUAACCAGCCGAGAGAUUGAAAAAUUUCCUUCAUCAGUUCGAGAUGAUAUUGUUAUUCUGUUUUCAGCUCACGCUCUUCCAAUGUCUGCUGUGAAUAGAGGUGAUCCUUAUCCAACCGAAGUGGGUGCCACCGUGAUCAAAGUAAUGGAGGCCUUAAACUGGUCCCACCCUUAUCGUCUUGUUUGGCAAUCAAAAGUUGGCCCUGCCGAUUGGUUGAGUCCCCAAACUGAUGAAGCAAUUGAAGGUUUCGUUAAACGAGGACGAAAAAAUUUUCUAAUUGUUCCAAUCUCCUUUGUUAACGAGCACAUUGAAACUUUACACGAACUUGACAUUGAAUAUGCACACGAAUUAGGAUCAAAGUUAAAGGUUGAAAAUAUCCGACGAGCACCAGCUCCUAAUGAUCAUCCUGCUUUUAUCAAAGGAAUGGCCGAUUUGGUUAAAUCACAUUUAGCCUCAGGUCAAAUAUGUUCCCGACAAUUGUUAUUACGAUGUCCACUUUGUACUAAUCCUUCCUGUUCAUCAACUAAAUCAUGGAUUGGUUCACUUUCUUAAUUGUAAUUUAUUGAUCAACAAUCUCAACAUCUUUGGUAUCCAAUUUAAAAGGCAUUUCGUAAUUUCCAUGGACAAUUUAAAUGUUCCCAUACCUUAUUUGGACUCUAAUUAUGAUUAAUAUUACUUUGUCUCUAUGAUUAACAAGCUAUUUGUUAAAUAAUCAAUUUUCUUACGGAAUCGUGAAAUCAACAAAUCAAUGACAAUUCACCAAAUUAGGUUUCAAUUAAUUGUACUUACACUACACAAAAAUGUUAAUAAUUUAACAAAACUUUGUAAUUACAAUUUGAUAAUAACUUUAAAUGUUAAUCAAAAACCUUGACUAAAUCACCAAACAGGGAAGAAUCAAUUUAAUAAGCAACAAUCAAUUAGAUAAUAAUAUUUUAUAUUCAAUUUUAGCUUAUUGCUAAAUUAACCUUCUCCCUAUUGAUAAAUUGCCUUUUAAAUACUAAACAA